AUGGAAAUUAACAACGAUCAAGAGAUGUCGACGGCUUCGAAUCUUUUCGAGUAUCUGAUGGGCAGAAGAUAUGAAUCAUAUGAUUCGGACAGGAUUCGUGAUAGAAUAGUACGAGAAAUAGUCCUCAUUAACAACAGCGAAAGAGAUUCGGCUCUUACAAGAGAUGAUUUGAUUGACGCCAUUCAUUUUGCGAUCGAAGAGGAGAUUGCGUAUCUGAGAGACAGUCGAGGUGGAUUUAGCGCUGAUUGGACGCCGGCAAAUGAACAGGCCCUGUUCUCCGCGAUAAUUUGUCUCAUAAGAGUCGUGUUUUCAAAUAUGAUUGAGAAUCUAAUGUACGAGCUGAAUUUAAUUCUCGAAGAAGAUCCUCGUCAGCAUAAUGAUGAUUUGUCCGAUAAAACUAUUGAUGGAUAUUUGAAGGAGAGGAAUUUUAGCGGCGUGGCAGCGCCAAAUGAAGAAACACAGUUGUGCAUUGUGUGUAGAGACGAUCUUCGGAAGGAAGUCGAGACUAAGGAGAUCGCACGGCUUGAAUGUGGACACUUGUAUCAUGUCUAUUGCAUAAAAAAGUGGCUUCGACUCAAGAAUACUUGCCCGCUCUGCAGAGCUAUUUGUGUGAAUUUGUAA